ACUUAAACAAAUGUAUGACCCGGAUUAGUUGACGGGUUUGGGGCAGCAACAUAUAUCAACAGUCCCCCUAAAUAUUCGGAGGGAAAAAAGAAGCAAACAACCAAACAUUCAUUCCUCCAUGCAAAAAGACAAUUGUAAACGCAGAAUCAACUCCCCACGAUAUUCUCAACCCUAAUUAAUGCACAUAACAUAAACCAUAUUAAAUAAUAAUACUGAAAAGGGGGAAAAGAAAAAAAAAAAAAAAAAGGAUGGGAGCAUACAGAGGGGACGAGGAUUAUGAUUACCUGUUCAAGGUGGUCCUGAUCGGAGACUCCGGCGUCGGUAAAUCCAACCUCCUGUCCCGUUUCACGAAGAACGAGUUCAGCCAGCAGUCUAAAUCAACCAUCGGCGUUGAGUUCGCCACCCGUUCCAUUCAAGUUGACGACAAGGUCGUUAAAGCCCAAAUUUGGGAUACCGCCGGCCAAGAAAGGUACCGUGCAAUCACAAGUGCAUACUACAGGGGGGCGGUGGGGGCACUACUCGUGUACGACGUGACGCGUCACGUGACGUUCGAGAACGUGGAAAGAUGGCUUAAGGAGCUGCGGGCCCACACAGACAACAACAUUGUAAUAAUGCUCGUCGGAAACAAAGCGGAUCUCCGUCACCUUCGUGCGAUCCCGACUCAAGAUGCAAAAGAGUUUGCAGAAAAGGAGAACACGUUUUUCAUGGAAACUUCAGCUCUCGAAGCCAUGAAUGUCGAAAACGCCUUCACCGAAGUGCUGACGCAAAUCUACCACGUCGUGAGCAGAAAGGCUCUGGAAAUAGGGGAUGACCCUGCUACUCUGCCCAAGGGCCAAACUAUUAAUAUUGGAAGCAGAGACGAUGUUUCUGCGGUUAAGAAAACCGGGUGCUGCUCUGGCUAAAAACCGAGCUCGACACGAUUACAAGGUUGUAUAUCAUAUCGUAUAUCAUAGGAAACUAUCGAAUAUUGUUUGAUGUUGAGUUAUUUAUAUCAUAACAUUAUGUAUAUGAUGAAACCUUGUUACGUGACUCCAUACGAAAA